AUGAGGAUGAAACAUAAUGAUCAUGAAACAAUGGAAUCGCCGACAUUGGGUAGUGUGGUAGCAGAACCUGUAGUUCUAAUCGAAAACAGCACCUCAUCAAGUGCUUGCAAUACCGACUUAGAUGUUCAAGAGGCUGCUGAAUCAUUAUUAUCUGAUAUUAAUUCCAUGUCGGACUUGUCAGAAGUGAAGAGCUUAAAUGACAAGGUAAACAUUACAAGUGAAAUUAUGUGUUUGACUUGAGAUUUAGUAAAAACCAUUUUCGAGCUAACAGGUUUUGGAAAAACUAUUAUCGCAGAAUACAAUGUCAUAUAUAAUGUUAGCAUGCGAGGUAGAGUCUUCUGGUCACAAUAGAUUUUUAAUAGUGUCAGUGCAGUUCAUCUUGAAUGUAUAAAAAAGAUUUGAUACUCAUGAUAAAAUACAUAAUUGAUAAUCCUAUGCAAUGCACCCUAAACUGAUAAACUAAUGAACUACUUUUUGCACUUUUAGGAAUUUGCAGGUGGCGAAAAGUUUUCAAACAUUGAUAUCACAAAUAAAAACAAUGAUGAAAUAACAUGGCUCACAUGUGCAGGGCAUGUGUGUCCUUUUGCAAUACAGCACACAAUGUCAAAGCAUAGUAGAUCAAGCAGUGUCGGAGAAAAAUACAAACGUCAAAAACGGUAA